UUCCGGGACGGUCACCAUGGUAACGAGAAGCGGAACCGGUGCCCCUGCCUUUGGCAGCCCCCCCAAGGAAACCGGAAUGGGGCUCGGCCCAGUGCCCCAGAGAACCCUAGGAGGACCCUUAUAAGAUUGUCUGUGCCCCUCUGGCGUGCCCCCGUGCCCCGCGUCCGUCCCGCUUCCUCCCCGGGGCUCUGCCGACAGCAUCUUUACCCCGCUCCGCCGUAGCCCGCAGCGAGCUCUGCGUGACGGAGGAACCGUCACUUUCCUGAGAAAGGAGACGGGCCGGAAAGGCGGCGCCGCCUGGCGGGUGACCGCGGGCCUUCACCUCCGCUUUCCAGUAUCUCAAAUGUCAAUGAAACAUGAGUUCAAGCUCAGAAGACGAUUCAGAAUUAACUUAUGAAGAUUAUGAUAAAGCGGCCAAGCUCAUUCAGAAGGUCUGGAAAAAUUAUCUUGAUACCUGUAUAUUUAGCCACUUCAAAAGUCUAAUCUUUUUAAGGAGGCAAGGAGAUCCCCAUCAACUAUUAAAAUAUAUUGAUCCUAAAGAGGCAGAACUUAUUGAUGCUGCUUCUGGAGUUAAUAUUCGAUUCAGAUUGGGUGGAGACAAGUUUCCUCCCAAUAUAUAUUAUAAAAUUUUCACUCACAGAAACAUUGUAGAUCUAUGUGCUCACAGUCCUAGAGAUUAUGUGAACAUUCCCUCAAAGCAAUUAUCACUUUUGACAUCUGAUGAGAAACAUCUAGAAGAUGAACGUGUUGGCUGGUACAAACGUAUAGAAAACAAUGGCUGGAGACUUGUUUCCAGAAGAUUUUGGGGAGCUACUGAUGAGAUUGCUGAAGCAGGAAAUAAAAAAAAAAUUGAUUUUCACUUCUCCAAACUGAAGAGAAGGCAAGAUGUUGAAAUGAGAAGAAAACAUAAAAAAAUUAAAUGGAUGAGGCAAAUGUAUUAUGCAGGAAGUCUGGAAACAAAGAAAUCAGAUCCUAGAUGUACAGACUUAAUUCUUAAAGCAACAAAAGGAUUGAUAAGAGCAACUGAAGAAGGUGGACUAGAAGCAGUGAUGGAAUGGGAAGUGGAUGAAAUUCUGAACUGGACAAAUACACUAAACUUUGAAGAAUAUGUCAACAAUUGGAAAAGUGUUGGUACAAGCAACUCUUCAGCUAACAUUCAUGGUUUCAGGUUUGAGGAGGUAUAGGAUCCAGCUUCUAAAUUAAACUUUUCUCCUGCUGAUAUGGAACAAAUGGAAAAGGAAGAAAUACUGAAGAAAGCACAAAAAAUUUAUAACUACUUGGCAGAGACCUCUAAUAUAUCUUUCAGUACAUCUUUUUAAAAAUUCUCUGCACACAUUAAUUAUAUUCCAGAUGUUUAUUUGACUUAUUUUUAAGGAGUAAUGUGCGCAUUUACAUAUAUCAUAUAUAGUCCCUUAGGCCAUAUUUUAAAUAGAAAUAGAACAUUAUGCUUAACCUAGUGACUAUGCCAUAAAGAAAUUACCCUUGUCGCUGCAUCUUUAACAAUCACAACUCAUUAAAGAUUAUUUUAAUACUGGAAUGUGAGAACGUAAAUUUGGCUGUUAAUG